AUGUGGUGUUGGCGUCCAAAGCACAUCCAUCCAAGAACCCUGAUUCGAGAGGAGAACUAUCAUUGCUGUUGCAAGAUGGGAAAAGCUAAGAUCGGAAUUGCUGUAUUUCUCGUUCUCGACGCGGUCUUUCUGAUCUUUUUGGGUGCCUCGAUUUUCCUUGGAACUCAAGAUGCCCGUAUGCCAUUGGGAAUCAUCUUCGGCGUCUCACUCCCAAUCAUGCUCCUCGGCAUCCUCUCACUUAUCACACUCAAGCCACUCUUCAUGCAAGCCUACGGAAUCAUUUGCAUCCUUCAGCUCCUUUUCCUCACGUUCUCAAUCCUCACCUACUACAUCCUCUAUGUGACCGAUAAUGAUCAUCUCUCUUCGGAUCUCCCACGUGUUCCCGUUACUGACUACCCCCGCGCCGCUGAGCCACAUACCGGCAAGAAUUUGCGCCACACAUUCCUUAUUGCCUUCGCUUUCCUCAUCUUCAUUUAUCUCCGCGGAUGGAUCACUCUCAACUUCUACAAAUAUGUCAGAGAUCGUCAACUUGCCAUGGAGCAACUCGGCUCCAACCGCACUCAUGCCUCCGACAUCGAGUACCAAGAAGGAAAACUUGUCAGGGAUGAAGUUGAACCAAAUGCUGAUGCUUUAGGCCAAGAAAUUGUGAAAUUUUUAGUAGACAAACAACCGGUGGACAAACAUCACCGAGAGCUUAUUCAA